AUGUCAACUCAAAUUCUUUCUGAAAAACUUCAAUUUGGAACCAAAAUCGAAGGUCAUGUUAAUAUUGACAAUGUAUACAAAAGAAUUUUAAGAUCAAAUAAGAUUCAUGCAAUUUCAGAACCAAACUCUAUCAACUCUCGAGUUAUUGAAAGAGCUCCAACUUCAAAUGGAUUUAUUUCUGCUUUUUUUCAAGCUUAUAGUUAUCAUCAACAUUUAAAACUUUCACCUGAUGAUAUUUGGCUAGCUAUUGCCUUGGGAGUCAGUCAGCAUAUUAAUUUUAAUUCGGAAAAAUAUCGUUAUGUGUUUGUUGAGCAUGAAGGCAAAAAAGAAAUUAAUGUUUAUGUUGAUGGCCUUUUGGAUUUUAGUGGUGAAUGUAUUGGAGGAAAUUGGGACCAAGCGGUUCAACAGUUAACUGAUGCAACUGAUAGUCAAGUUAAAGAUGAAGUUGGAAUAAAAAGAUUAUUAGAAUGUAAUUUUACAACUACAACUCCUACUACAAAAACUGCUAGUAAUAUCGUAUUAUUAGAUACUGUCAAGUCCUAUUUUGAUUAUAGAAUAUCAACUUGUUGUGGCAUUCCAAAGAUCACUUUGACCGGUACUUUAGAAGAUUGGAUGAAAAUUCAAGAAAAAUUAGUUCAAUUACGUAAAUUAAAUUUGGAUUUAGAUUUUUGGUUAAAUAAAUUAGAUCCAAUUAUUGGGGAAUUUGUUUCGACUUAUAAAGGUGAAAUACAUGAAGAUUUUUGGAGUAAAGUUUUGUCUUACCAAUCUUAUGGCUCUGGCGAGCCUACUUUAAGUGGUUGGAUUACCACAUUCUUUCCUUAUACUUGUGAUGGUCAUCCUUUAGGAGGAAUCGCGGAAUUAGGUGAUUUACCUUAUGGUCGAGUUAGUGUACCCUUUAUCGGUAGUUUUGAUGAAGUCGGCAUGGAUUUAAAGCUACAACUUGUUACAGGUUUUAUAGGCCACAAACAAGAAAGUGUUAACAAUAAUGAUGGUGAUGUAGAAAUUAUUGUUUCACCUGUAAUUAGUUGGGCGAUUGCUGAAAAUAAUGAAUUACAAGCUGACAAUUUUUGGAGUAAAGUUUUGUCUUACCAAUCUUAUGGCUCUGGCGAGCCUACUUUAAGUGGUUGGAUUACCACAUUCUUUCCUUAUACUUGUGAUGGUCAUCCUUUAGGAGGAAUCGCGGAAUUAGGUGAUUUACCUUAUGGUCGAGUUAGUGUACCCUUUAUCGGUAGUUUUGAUGAAGUCGGCAUGGAUUUAAAGCUACAACUUGUUACAGGUUUUAUAGGCCACAAACAAGAAAGUGUUAACAAUAAUGAUGGUGAUGUAGAAAUUAUUGUUUCACCUGUAAUUAGUUGGGCGAUUGCUGAAAAUAAUGAAUUACAAGCUGACAGCUUAACCCGCUUCACCAUCUCAAUCCGUCGCCGUCGUUUACCGUACCAUGCUAUAGAUCUUCUGCCUUCCAUGCCAAGAGAUGUAAAAGAGCUAGUAUUAUAA